AGUGUGAACAUGCGUACAGUAUUACAAACCAAGCUUCGAUGCCCUCUCAGGCCUGGCCUUCACACCACUAUUGGUCUAGACAGGUAUGGAUCCUGUGAGUAACAGCUCUAUGAGGAGCUGUCAGGAGCCCAGUCAGCACAAGGUCUGGAGAUGCCUCAUUCAGAGGGAAAGCAGAUCCCACUUCGCCUUCAACCUCCAUCCCAUUCUCUCUCAACCAGGUCUGCCAAACACCUCACCUCCCAUGUCACCGGGACGUCUCCAUGGCGAUGUUUAGCAGCGCAGAGCGGCUCUGGAACGAAUCAGACCGUCUUGGAUGGGACUCAGAGAGGAAUGAGAGCUCAGAGGCAUCAGGGCAGGAUGAGCGUAACUACUAUGCCAUGCUGUACUCCCUGCUCAUUCUUGCCAUCGUGUUUGGAAACGUGCUGGUGUGUCUGGCUGUGCUGAGGGAGCGUUCACUCCAGACGACCACCAACUACCUGGUGGUCAGCCUGGCUGUGGCGGACCUGCUGGUGGCCUCGCUGGUCAUGCCCUGGGCUGUUUACCUGGAGGUGGUCGGCGGUGCCUGGCUUUUCAGCCGGCUCUACUGUAACAUCUUUGUCACGCUAGAUGUGAUGAUGUGCACCGCCAGUAUCCUCAACCUGUGUGCUAUCAGCAUUGACAGGUACACAGCAGUGGUGAUGCCUGUCUUGUACAACACCACCCAUCGCUCCAGGAAGAGAGUUUUUGUGAUGAUUGCCACUGUGUGGGUCCUGGCUUUCACCGUCUCCUGUCCACUGCUGUUUGGUUUCAACACCACAGAUGACCCCAUGGUCUGCUCCAUCUCCAACCCCGACUUUGUGAUCUACUCCUCGGUGGUGUCCUUCUACCUGCCGUUUGUUGUCACUCUGCUGGUCUACAUCCGCAUCUACGUCUUCCUCAGGAUGAGGCGGAAGAGGAUCACCUUCGGCCAGACCAGCGGAAAGGUGCAGCCAGGCUCAACUCCGCCAUCUGUGGAGACCUGUCUACAAGAGGAGACUCCCAAGGCGAGGCAAGACCUGUCACCUAUAAGAAUCAAAGUGCAGAGUGUAGAGCCUUCAGAUCCCUCCAAGCCCAACCUGUUGUCAGGAUGCCUGUGGCGCAAACGUCCAAAGACGGGACCUGUGGGGAACUCUGUGCUGCCCCAGGUGGACACGCAGAACUGCUGCAGCAUCAGUCAUGCCUCCUGUGGCCGCACUGAAUUGGAUCUGGAGCAGGAUCGGGAGGAGGAGAAGGCGGAGGAGAGCAACCAAAAUGAACAGCCUCCUGUCAGGAUGAGCUGCGAGGUGAAGAAUCUGUCCAAUGGACGAACACACACGUCACUGCGGUCGAUGGUACAUUCUCACAUCAACAAUCCACGAUUCAGGAGUAUGCACGCACGGGAGAAAAAGGCCACUCAGAUGCUGGCAAUUGUUCUUGGGGUGUUUCUCAUCUGCUGGCUGCCUUUCUUUGUGACUCACAUUCUGAACACCCACUGCCGGACAUGCUACGUGCCUCCUGCGCUUUACAGUGCUUUCACCUGGUUGGGUUAUGUCAACAGUGCUCUCAACCCUAUUAUCUACACCACCUUCAACAUCGAGUUCAGACGAGCCUUCAUCAAGAUCCUCAGCUGCUGAGGAAGACAGCGCCAGGAAAUUAAAAUGGAAAUGAGGCUGUGCACUCGUGCUGCAACUCAAGCAUGGUGCAUUUGGUUAACAGUGACCACAGAUGUACACUGGUCAUGGUCCAAAUAAGCAAAGCUGUCCAACAGGAGUCACACAGCAGCAGCAAGGUGAAGCAUGAAAAACAAGAGACGCUGUGGUGUGCAAUAAAUACAAACACCAGAAGAUUUUUUUCCUAAGAGUGCUGGGACUCCAUUUGAACAGUAUUACUUCACUGAUAAGACUUAUAUUUUCACUUGCGUACAGUCUCAUUGAUAGCACAGGGUGUUGGACUUUCUUGUGGAUUUGUCUUGUACAGUAUUUGUGCUGCUCUUUGGCACAGGACUUUUAAAUUGUUGUGUGGAAGCCCAAGAUGAAGCUUUAAGGCUAAAGUAAUCACAAAGCUGUGGGCCACUUUGUCCUGAAACGCGCUGCCACCGCACUGUGUGAUCAACUGAUGUUACUCACCUCCCCCCACUCACCGUCAUCGCCAUCAGUUACUCUCCAGUGCAUGCACACAUCAGAUUUCAAGGGCGCUCACUUGAAUUGUGCUGGAAGGAUUGUAUUGAUCUCUGCCAAGACUUACAUCAUUCUGAAGAUUGUCAUUUGUAUUGAUGUGGAGGCAUUGUGCUCAGUGUGGAUUCAUUAUAAUUAAAAUGUGAGAUUUUGAAGUAAAGCACAGUGGAAACAAUUUCAGUUUUUUUUAAGGGACUGUCUAUUUAUUGGCAAAUCCUCCCGUAAAUUAAGAGCUACCUGCUGGCCGUUCUGAUGUGCUGAUAAAGACUGGAGUUUUGUGAUCUUAAAGAUAUACUGUGCAGGAUUGUCCUGAUAAAACACUGUGUAGACUCAUACAGAGGUAAUCCCUCUCAGUCAUCAUUUAUGACAUACUGGAAGUGUGUGGCGGUGUAUUGAUCUGCAGAACUCUGCCUCUGACUGUGUUUUCUUAUUUUCUGUGAGCACUUAUUCCUACAGCACUUAGGUGGGGUAGCGACCAGGUGCUAGCAGGCAUGUUAGAGACACAGCACCACAAGGAACCCUACAAAUAAAAUGAGGCCGAACGCCAAACGAGAGUAAGUCUGGGGUUGGCUUUUAAACCCCAAUUCCAAAAAAGUUUGGAUGCUGUGUGAAAUGUGCAUAAAAACAAAAUGCAAUGAUCUGCAAUUCCUUUUUGACAUACAGUGGGAGAUUAAGUAUUCAACAUGUCCACGUUUUCCUCAAACCUAUUUCCAGUGCAGCUAUUUACAUGGAAUUUAGACCAGACAUUGGUAUUAACCAAGUGUCAACCUUCAGAGCUGAUAAAUGAAGCCAACACAGAAGUGCCAAAAACUGCAGUUCCUCUAAUGGCCACUUGAGGCUGGCUCCAUAAGCGACUCAAUCCCCUUAGACCCCCCAUGUUAAUAUGCCCAACUUUACAGCAGAAAUAAACAUGUUUAUAACCUGGUUCAAAACAUUUUGGUCUCUAUAGCUAAUUUCAACAUUCAUGACAACCAUACAGGGGGUGAAUGUUUAUAUAGCUCACCCGUUAUUGAGGCUUAAAGUUACGCAUAAUUAAAGGUGGGGUCGCUUUGAGUGACAGGCUGUCUGCCGAUAUUGUCCUCAGCUUCUCAGUUAGAUGCAACCUCGCUCAUCCACAGUGCCAGCCUCUCAUCCAAAUAGGGUCACUUCUGGUUCCAAAAGACCAAG